AUGGCGAUUGGUAAUAUGGAUAGUACUAAUCCUAAGAAGGGUGAGCCUAUUACUGGUACGGUUACUAUUAAAAUUUUUAAAGAUGCUACUGCUGAUACUGCUACUCUUCAGGGUAAUGCCAAAAUUACUGGUCCUAAUCAAGAUAAGGGUCCUACUCUUACUAUUAAAUAUAAGGAUACUAAUCAGGAGGAUAAGUGUAUUACCAUUACCCUUACUAGUACUGAUAUUACAAAAGCUGCUGAUGGUACUACUGUUGAUUAUGGUCACAUAUUUACUGAAGGUUUUGAUACGAGUAAAGUUCAUCCAGAAAUAAUCUCUCCCACACUUAUGGUUAUUGUUGGUAUUGCAAAGGCUUGGUCACCUCAACAUAACUUAGGAGGCUCUUGGGGGCUAUGGACACAAUACGAAAAACCUGAUUGGGAAGGUGGUGGUACUGUCUAUGCUUACCUAUGGCACUUCUUUGACCUCCUGAUGAUAGAUGGUAAGUUCAGAUUCAAAGUCGAUGCUGGUACAGGAUUCCCUGAUCCCUACGAUCCUGAUAGUGGUACUGCUCGUGACAUUGAUACUCAUAAAUCUGAAAUUCAAAAAGGUACAGGAACUAAUUAUGUCCAUCUCGCUGAUGAAAAGUACUUUACUAAGUUCUGGCAUCUACUUCCUUCUGACAUGUAUAUCCUGGGUAACAUAAUGGAACAAGUUUAUAAUCACACUCAAGAUGAUCCAUCAUAUCAUGCCACAGGACUCACAAUGUAUGCCAAAGAACUAGAGUCUAAGGCCCAAACACUUCAACAAACUGCCACUAGUCAAUCUACUACUGAACUUGCCAACACUAGGGAUUAUGAUAUCCAAGGCAAUACCACACCCGGUGGUGGACUCAAGGAAAAAGCCGGACAACUACGUGAUAAGGCCCAAGAACUUUACACCCAAGCCGAUCAACUGGAAACUGCUGCUACUGGUCCACUUGCUGAUCUUAGAGCUCCAGCCACAGCUCUUAAGACGGCAGCCAAAAGUGAGAAUGGUGAUGAUGGUCUACAUCAUGCUGCAGGACAACUAGCCAGUCAUGAAGAUGGUAGUGAUGGUCUUGAUGCUUUGGCCGACGCCGUCAUAAAGAAGUUUGAAGCAGUCCAAGGUGCAUACGAUGAACUAUCAAAGAACCCUGCAUUCACCGCAAAUAAAACUAAUCAAAAGGUCACCGCUGUCGAAAAUGCCUACAACAAUCUGAAGAUUAUCUAUGACUGGAUGUUAAACUUUACCAAACUCAUCAAGAAGGCCUCAACACUUAAAUCCACUGCUGGAACUCAAUCCGACAGUACUGAACUUCAAGCUACACUCAGUGCUCCAGCCACAACACUAGCCACCCUGGCAGGAUUGCUUUCAACCGCAGCCGGACAAGUAGAUGAUGGUACACUUAGUACUCAAGCCGGAUUACUAGCUACAUCAGCCAGUAAAACUGAUAGUGGUGUUGAUGAAACUAGUCUAUAUGCUAAGGCAACCGCACUACAAAAAGCUCCUACUAAUUAUACCAAUGCCACUGCAGUCAUACAGGCAUUCGACACACUAAAAGGUCAUUUUGAUGAACUGAUCAAACUGGCCAUUCAACAUGAUAAACUCGAAAAGGUACAGAGCGUCCAAAAUGCAUAUGUUAAUCUCAAAAAACACUACGAUACAAUGAUGAAUUUCACUAAGAUCAGAUAUUACUCAGAACAGAUAUCAAUCCAGGCCACUACCCUACGUAAAGGUUCUGGUGAUGAUGCAGACAAUAUAGUUAAAUACUUUGAAUCUAUGAAGCAUGCAUACAGCAAAGUAACUGAUAGUGAUAAGCCUAAGGUUAAGGCUCAGUUCGAGGCUCUUAAGGAUGCCUAUGACCUGAUGCUAAACAAUGUUGAUAGUCAGGAGAAUGCUGCCAAAGUACUCAAGGCUAAGACUGGUAAAAGUGAUAAAGAAGAGGGUAAACUUAGGAAACUCGCAAAGACACUGUAUGAAAAAGCAGAAGCACUAGAAACUGCAGCUCCUGCUGGUGCUGAUAGUAACGAAGCCCUUAAACUCAAAGCCGGCACAACCGAAAACGAUGGACUCCGAAAGCUGGCCAAAACUCUCUAUGAAGCGGCCAAAGCGCUAUCCGAGGCAAUGGGUGAUGAUGAUGAUGAUGGUAAAGAAGAAGCCCAAGAUCUUGCCGAUGCUGUCGGUGAAAAUGAAUCCUCAGGAAUUCGAGCUGCACUCAAAGAUCUUCAUGAAAAAGGUUCUGGUGCUAAUCUACCUACUCUGACCAAAGCUGUUAGAGAUGCAUACAAAGAUACCAGUGGUGAAGGUGUAGAAAAGAAAUUCCAAGCAAUUCAGGGACAAGAAGAUAUAGCAUAUGCCAGUUAUAAAUCUGAGUAUCAAGCAGUUGAAGCCGCAUGGAAAGCUUUCGAUGAUCUGUAUCAGGCUAAUCUCAAACAACCUGCCACUGAUCUUGUGACUGCUAUCGGUGGCACUGAUGAAAAUGGUAAACUCCAAAAGGCACUUCAAGAACUCGGCAAUCUUCAAGAUACUGCUUCUGGUUCACUACUAACUGGUCCGGUCAGUGCUGUCAAAACUGCAUACGACAACAGUGGUAGAGGUGUCAAACCUAAAUUCACCACACUCAAGGCUAAAGAAUCUUCAUAUAAAGCUAUUGCCUCUAUUAGACCCAAAUACGACAAUGUUGUUAAUUCAAUGAAUGCAUUCGACAAUGUGUAUAGGCCUGAAGAAUUACUCAUGGAUGCUGUCGGUGCUACUGAUGGGUCUCCUACUCCUCCUGGUAGUGAUCCUAAGACUCUUCGGGAGGCCCUCUAUCAACUUGGCACUGAUAAAGGUGAAGAUCCUGAAAAACUAUCUGAGCUGGCCAAAGAUGUUAAAAAACAAUACGGAGAUAACUGGGGCAAUGAUGUCAAGGGUAAAUUCCACUUAGUUCAGGCACAAGCUGAUGCAUACGCCGUUGGUAGUAAAACUGGUGAAUACGCUCAACUUCUUGAGGCCUGGACAGCAUUCAAUGAUAUGUACUAUGGUGUCGUAUCUUAUUACAAAUACUAUAUCAUUAUUAUUCCUUCAAUCUUUACUGUACUGUGGACACUGGCCUAUUGGGAAGGUGAAAAAGCUAUGGAUAAAUUCCCACCUCCUGAUGAUAAUCAGAGAGAUUGUAAAAUACUAAACGUCGAAUCUACUCCUUCUGGUACUGCUACUGAACUGACAUACUCUAUAGAUCAAAACUUUGGACCAGAUAGUCAUGCCACUAGCUGUGGUCAUAAGAAGUCUGUUGGUUAUUAUCCUCACUUUAUACCUCCAAGUCUUAUGGUCCUUGUUGGUAUGGGACUUCCACUUCCAAACCUUACCAUAGUAACAGCAGUGAGUAGUUUUGUGGUUAUCAUGGAACUCCUUGGGAUAGUACUGGACUUGUGCAAGAGUAACAUUGGAGAGAGUAGCACUACUGGCUUGGAGACUAAGACCACUGGCUUUUAG